AUGAAGAGACAAAUCCGAGAGGACACUCUUCAUGAAUGGAAUCGGAGGUACACGGAGGGACCCACCGCAUCCGGUACAACCGACGUCUACAUAGCCCAGAAAUUUAUAAAGUCAGAGAGCAUAAACAUGCACCUCACGCAAGGAUCCGUGGCGGGGCCCAUUCUGUGGAACCUGCUAAUAGAUCCACUGUUAACCAGCUUCAAACGGAGAGGGGAUUACUGCCAGGCAUUCGCGGAUGAUGCCGUGCUUGUGGUCGAUGGAGAAACCGCACUAGAGAUAGAAAUGAAAGCUAAUGCAGCACUUGGGCAUGCUCAGGAGUGGGGUUUCAGAAACAAGCUUAAAUUCGCGGCACACAAGACCAACGCCAUUACCAUAACAAGGAAACUUAAGUACGACACCCCAAGACUGAGCGUGGCGGGAGUCAGCAUCGAAAUGGCAAAAGAAAUAAAAAUACUGGGUGUCACAGUUGACGAUAAGCUGACUUUCAACAGCCACGUCUCGAAUGUCUGCCGCAAGGCCAUAAAUAUUUAUAAGAAGCUAUCCAGGGCCGCUAGGGCCAGCUGGGGGCUCCACCCAGAUGUAAUUCGUACAAUUUAUACAGCCGUCAUAGAUCCAGUUAUCCUGUAUGCGGCCAGCGUGUGGGCACCCGCAGCAAACAAGGUGGGUACCCAGAAACAGCUGGGAAUUGUACAGAGAGGCAUAGCGCAGAAGAUCUGCAGAGCAUAUCGCACAGUCUCUCUCCACUCAGCACUUAUCCUGGCGGGUGUGCUCUCCCUCGACCUCAGAGUGCGAGAAGUGGCUGCAUUAUACGAGGCCAAAAGGGGCUCACCAGUUCCGCAACUGUGUGGCCGUGAGGUGGAGAAGAUGACGUGGGCGGCCGGGAUGCCACAUCCUGCAGAGCACACUGGGAUAGGGGUUACCCGCUUGGUGAACCAAGAUGAUGUCGAAAUGCACAUGUAUUCGACAUUCGAAUCUUCACAGAUGGCAGUAAAAUCGACGCCAGAGUUGGGGCCGCACUCUCAGUCUGGAACAGCGGAACUCCUGGCGCUUUGCGUAGCAACUAAAGAAGCCCCGACUAUCAGAGCCAGAACGUUUGGUGUCUACAGCGACUCCAUGGCAGCUCUUCAAACCAUACAAAAUUACAGUUGCCUCCAUCUCCUUGCAGUGCAGGCCAGAGAAAACAUUAAACACAUAUCUCGUGAAGGAAAAACCAUAUGCUUGCACUGGAUUAAGGCUCACGCAGGCUUGGAAGGCAACGAAAGAGCAGAUGAACUUGCCAAAGGAGCAGCUAUAUACACCAAACGCAAACCGGAUUAUGACCGAUGCCCGAGUGCAUACAUCAAGCGUGGUAUUCGUACGGCCACGCUUGAUGAAUGGAACCGUAGGUACAAAGCGGGAGAAACGGCGUCGAUCACAAAACUUUUCUUCCCGGACGCGAAGGCGGCCUACAAAGUUGUGCGAAAAUUCGUACCAACAUACCUGACAACACAAAUCCUGACAGGACACGGUGGAUUUUCCGAGUAUCUUAGUCGUUUUAAAUGCAAGGUGAAUCCAUCGUGCGUCUGCGACCCAGUGCAAGCAGAAACAAUACAACACUUGCUUUUGGAGUGUCCAAUCCAUGUACUGGAGAGAUUUGAAUUCGAGCAAAGAGUACAACAAAACCUGACACUGGAGACCAUUCAGGAGCUUAUCUCGGGGAACAAUAGAGAAUUAUUUAUAAAAUACUGUACAAAAAUUGUAGAAAAAGUAACAAGUAGAAAUAAAUGA